AUGUUGAUGGAAUGGCUUCGAGGGAGGUCUGAUAACGCACCCGCCGCACCGGAAAAACCGGUACGGAGAAAGACGUUAGAUGUGGACCCUGAAACGCCACUCGAGCCUUCACCUGCAGAGGAUGCCUCACAACGCGAGGAAAUGCUUCGAAGGAAGUUGGCUGCUAGCGCUAAGGAAGGCCCAUCAUCUCCGGCCAAAUUGGUCAGCUAUGAAUCCAUGUUUCGUGGGGUGCAGCGACUCCUCAUGGAAGGGAGCUUUGGUGAAAUAAACGAGGGACUUUCGCUUAAUUUGGCGCGUAAUGCACAAAAUGUGAUGAUUUCGUCGAAGUGUGUCCUUGUUUCCCCACAAAUGUCACACUGGGAAGUGGGGUUUCAAAUGAAUGGGUUUUCCGAUAUUGUAGCGGCUUCCUACAACACACUGAGUCGCUGGAGUCUGAUGUACCAGCGUGUGAGCAGCACGGGUGCUCUACUACUCGCCCAGUGCAUGGCUCAGAAACAGCAAGGUAUGACUCAGGGCACGGUGGUGGGGAUGAUUCAGUAUCCAUGGGUCUACGGCGGCUGCACUCUGGCACAGUACGUUAAGAACCAAUCAUUAACACUGAGUCAUGCUCAACGAAUUGUACGUGGGGUGCAUGUUGGCUCCAGUUUAUCGUGGGAUUCUAUGACAAAGGGGACCUCGCUUUCUCACGGAUUUAUGGCCGUAACCCCAUCAAAGAAAGGAUCUUUGUCUGGGGAAUGGACUCCAGGUAAGGGCGAAUGGAAGCUGGCGCUUACAAAAAAAGAUUGGGCUCACGAUGCUGAGUUUGCUAUGCAGCUUGACCACACUCAAAAAGAAGAAGAAAUGGUAAGCCAGUUAAGUUUUGGCCUACGUAAACAGUUUAUCGGUGGUGGCUCAAUGAGUGCCGUGCUUAGCGGGUUUUCCGUAGUAAAGGCGGCCGUGGAGUUGCCCUAUGGCGGUGAGCGCAGUGGACUAAAUCAGAUUAACUGCAUGUACAAUGCCCAGUACAACAUCCGUUCCGGCGCGCUAAAGCAUGGGCUUAUCUUUACUGCGUAG